UAGUAAAAAAGAAAAAAAAAGAAAAAAAAAGAAAAAAAAAGAAAAAAAAAAGUAGUUUAACCACUGUUGACCUCGAUUCCCUACACACGUGUAUACAUAUACAUACACACAUGUAUAUAUGCCUUUAUGUGAACCCAUUACCUCCAAUUUGUUGUUAUGAACUCUCAGGAAGACAUCAUGGAUAAAACUGGAAAUAUUGAUGCUGAAAAAGUACAAUGCGGUGAAGGGGUAUUUAUUAAAAAACAUGUAAACACUAUUGAUCCAAAAAUAUGUUCUAUGCCUAAAUUUGAUAAUUUAAUUAAAAAAAAGAACAUAAAUAUAAAAAUAAAAAACACAAAAAAAGUAGCAGAACAAAAUAAAAAAGAGAAUAAUUUUCGUAUGAGGAGUGAAAACUUUAUUAAAAAUGUAGUGAACAAAAUAAAAGAUAAAUAUAAAAAAGAUAUACACAGUAAACAGCAAUAUAAACAUACAAUUCCUGUCAAAUCAAAAACAAAAUGUCUAUUAAAUGAAUAUUUAAGUGUAAAUCCUACAAAUAAUAUAUUAUAUAGACGCAAAACACCAAUCAACGUAAUUUAUAAAAAUGAUUCAUGUGAUUUACAACAACCUAAACUACUCACCAGAUGUAAAAGUAUGUACAACAUGCCUUAUAAUUGUAUUAAAAUUUAUGGUAAUAAUCAUAUAUAUACUAAUAAUAAUUAUGUUAGCCGACAAAACAAAAAAGUUGCUAAGCUAAAAAUUUCAAAAAUUAGUCCUUUAGAUAAAAUAAGAAGUUAUAGUAUAAAUAAUAAUAAUACUACUACAGAUUAUAAUAUGAAUACGAAUUCUUACAUUAAUUUAUAUGAAGCUAGCCAAAAUAAACCUUUUUUUCCUAAUAUAAAUACUGUUCAUAAUAUUACAUAUAAUAAACAAUUGUUUAAUAAUAUGAAUGAAUAUAAACUGCCAUAUUUUUUACCUAAUCCGAAUAUGCGUAAUACGUCAGCUUAUAAUAUUUAUGAUAUAACACAAAAAAGAAAAAACAAAUUUAAUAAUAUAUCAGCUUUGAAUAAGUACAAUACACUUACUGUUAAAAAAAAAACAGAUACUACAUCUGUUAUAGCAAAUGAUGAAACAAAAGAAGCAAAAAUUAAUGUAAAAAGUAAUGUAAAAAGUAAUGCAAAAAAUUAAUGUAAAAAGUAAUGUAAAAAG